AUGGCCUCCAACAGGCGCCACGAACUUCUGCUCGACCUUCUAAGCGACGAAGUGGCAAUACAGGCAAUUCUUGCAGAGUCUGAAAUGCAUAAUCUUAUUACUGAGAUUCAAAAAGGAGCCAUUAAAACACCUUACCGGCAUUUAGUCGGGGAAGGUACUGUAGUAUCAGAUGAUAUAGAUGAGCCAAGGGCAAAUGGAGAACCGCGAAGCCACAUCCAGCAUUACCUGACGGGCGCAAGGCCACUGCCUAUACGUACGAAAAGCAGGACCAGUUCUUGGAGUCGUUUCACGAAGAUCAAAGAGCUGAAGAUCUCUGACGUUGUUCUCGAGCACAUAGAAACCCACGGCACCAAAGCUAUCCCGUUCUUCUCUCGUGAAGCAAUGUCGCACGGAGUGGAGAAGCUCGACGACAAGAAGCUCAGUGACGCUUUCACUAUCUGCUAUCGCAAUACGAGUCAGCUCAAGCAGAACAUCGAGACUGAUCGGAUCCUGCGAUGCUGCGACCAGGAUCCAGGUCUUACGGCGGCCAAGGCAACUAAGGACGUGUAUGAGUGGUGUGAUAACGGUGCGAAGCCAAACGUAUUCGUUUCCCAAUUCAGUCCAGGCUGCAUCUUCGUACUUGCGAACCAACUAUCCGCGAAUUUCAUCAAGAAAAACAAGAUAGCGCGAUCUGGGACGAAACUCAAGGCAGCGGUGAGCUACCUUGAGUUUAUGCUCCAAUUAAGUGUCAUGCUGAAGACACCAAAGGCUGGAAAGCUAGGCGAGGCUAUACGAGAGUUCCUCAUCCGUCCAUUUCGUCAGAAACACGAAGGGAUUGACCUGCCUGCUGCUACUUCUAAAGGCGUGCAGCAACCCAGCAGUGCUGGAGGGGAGGAUGAGUAG